CGAACGGCGAACAGCGGCGGCGGCGCGGAGAGGCGCAGCGGAGGUUUUGCUGGUUUCGGACCCCAGCGGCCGGAUGGUGAAAUCCUCCCUGCAGCGGAUCCUCAACAGCCACUGCUUCGCCAGAGAGAAGGAAGGAAAUAAAGCCAGCGCCACCGCCCACGCCAGCUGCGCCAUGCCGCUCCUCAGCCUGCACGGCCGCGGCGGCCACAGCAGCGAGAGUUCCAGGGUCCCUCUCAAUUGCUGUAGUAACCUGGGUCCAGGGCCUCGGUGGUGCUCCUGAUGUCCCUCACCCACCCCUGAAGAUCCCAGGUGGGCGAGGGAAUAGUCAGAGGGAUCACAAUCUUUCAGCUAAUUUAUUUUACUCUGAUAAUCGGCUGAAUGUAACAGAGGAACUAGCGUCCAAUGACAAGACGAGAAUUCUUAACGUCCAGACCAGGCUCACCGAGGCCAAACACAUCACCUGGAGAGCUGUGCUGAGCAGCAGCAGCCUCUACAUCGAGAUUCCAGGCGGUGCCCUGCCCGAGGGGAGCAAAGACAGCUUCGCAGUUGUCCUUGAGUUUGCCGAGGAGCAGCUCCACGUGGACCACGUCUUCGUUUGCUUCCACAAGAACCGAGAUGACAGAGCCGCAUUGCUCCGUACCUUCAGCUUUCUGGGCUUUGAGAUUGUGAGACCGGGGCAUCCCCUUGUCCCCAAGAGACCCGACGCCUGCUUCAUGGUCUACAUGCUUGAGAGAGACUCCUCGGAGGAGGAGUAGCGGCCGCC